AUGCCAGACAACCCCGAAAGCAGAGAUUCGCUCACUACGAGACAGCUGCCAGAGAUGCAGCUGUCAACCGCAGACAACCCUCUUACGGCACCGCGGUUACCACCAGAUGGUUUAACCACGGCACAGAGAGCACAGCACAGGUUCUCGGUCAAGGGAAAUGCCAUUGUUACUGGCGGCGCUGGUACCCUCGCCCUCGAAGCCGCCACUGCCCUCCUUGAACACGGCGUCUCAGGCCUCGCACUCUGGGACCUCAAACCCGACCAAGCCCUUCCCGCCAUCACUGCCCUGCACAAGAAAUUCCCCUCCGUCAAGAUAAUCACCGAAGCCGUCGACGUGCGCGACGACGCGCAAAUCGCCUCCGCCCUCGCAGACACCGUCAAGCUGCUCGGCAGCGUAGACAUCCUUUGCUGCUUCGCCGGCGUGGUCGGCUGCACGCACGCCAUCGACAUGAGCGCCGCUGAAUGGCGGCGGACCCACGAUAUUAAUCUUACAGGGGGUUUUCUUUGCGCGCAGGCUUUUGCGAGACAAGUCAGGGAACAAGGGACGGGUGGGAGUGUAGUCUUCACCGCCUCUAUCUCUGCGCACCACACGAACUAUCCACAGCCGCAGGCCGCGUAUAACUCCUCUAAGACGGCUAUACUGAGCCUAACGAAGAGCCUGGCGGCAGAAUGGAGUGGAUUGGGUAUUAGGGUCAAUUCGUUGAGUCCUGGGUACAUGGAUACGAUAUUAAAUGAGGGCGAUGGAUUGAAGAGAGCAAGGGAUAGUUGGAACAGUAGGAAUCCGUUUGGGAGGAUGGGGCAUCCCUGGGAAUUGACGGGGCCGUUAGUUAUGUUGGUCAGUGAAGCGGGGAGGUAUAUUAAUGGGACCGACAUCAUUGUUGAUGGUGGAGCGAUGGUGUUCUAG